AUCCCCCUCCCCCCUUACCUUACUUUUACGUUUAUACUUUACGUAGUUUUGAAACCAGUACAGUACUUACACUUGCAUAAAAAUAAAAAUAUUUAAUUGGUACUUCAACCUCUAUGGAAGUUUAAACGGUAGUAUUUGUACUUCUACCUGAGUAAUUAUUGUGAGUAAUUUUGAGACCUGGGGGAGUAACAUUCAGGCACAAGUAUGCAACUGCUGCAAAUGUAUAUAUUUAUUAUAAGUAUAGUUAAAUAAUCAUUAAUUGUAAGAAUAUGUUAAAUGCUUUACCACCAAAACCGUAUGAUUAUUUGAAUAGCUCAUCCUUUUCUAAUCUUGAACAACUUCAAAGGAACUACAUUUCCCAGGAUCCAUUGCGCUCGUAAGCGCAUGUUUCACGGAUCAUGUGAAUCUUCAUCUAAAAAUAAAGUGAGUUUUACUCGUCUGCAUGUAUAAACAUCCAGCGUGUGUGUGGUAAUAUUGCACUGAGCCAAACAUGGAUUUAACUGCGGCUAGACAGACGUUUUAUGGAGAUAUAGGUUUCUGGGCGGACCGCACUCCUGUACAUGAAGCUGCUUCUCUAGGCCGGGUUCUGCAGCUCAGACAGCUGCUGGAUGGAGGGGCUCUGGUGAACACAGUGACGGUGGAUAACAUCACCCCCCUACACGAUGCCUGCAUCCAGGCCCACCCGCAGUGCGUGCGCCUGUUGCUGAACGCCGGAGCGCAGGUUGAUGUGAGGAAUAUCCAUGGUAGCACCCCUCUGUGCUAUGCAUGUGCAGCAGGCAGUGUGGAGUGUGUGAGGCUGCUUCUGGAUCAUGGUGCUUCAGUCAACCCCACCCUCACUGCCCUCACUGCCUCCCCACUCCACGAGGCCUGCAUCCGAGGUAAUCCAGAGUGUGUAAAGCUGAUAUUAUCAAGGGGAGCACAGCUGGAGGCGUUUGACAUUUACUUCGGGACGCCGCUGCAUGCAGCCUGUGCUAAAGAACAUGUGGAAUGUGCUCUGCUGCUCCUUAAUGCAGGUGCCAGAGUGAAUGCCAUAAAGUUCCAUGAGACAGCUCUCCAUCAUGCUGCGAAAGUGUGCCGGACGGACCUCAUUGAGCUUCUGGUGGAGUUUGGGGGAAACAUUUACGUCACAGAUAAUCUGGGUCGCAAACCCAUAGACUACACCACUCCUGGCUCUCCAGCUCACCUCUGUCUACAGCACUUUGAAAAUAUUCCUCUCUCUCUGCAGCAGCUGAGCCGUAUUGCACUGAGGACAAUGCUGGGAAUCAGAGCUCUGCAGGUUGUGACCAAACUGGACAUCUCACAGCGCAUAAUCAGUUACCUCUGUUAUAAACAAUGGUCCAGCACAACUGAAUUAUAAUACUGUAUUAAAGCUGAACACAAUAAUGCAAAGAGGAAAACGAGUCCAUGGACUUUGUUUUUGCACUUUUAGCUGCUAAGGUCUUAUAAUGUGGUGCCAUGAAUGUUAUGAUUGUAAUAAUGUAUAAAUGUAAUAAAAAAUAAAUAUUA